CUUCGCUCUUUAUGCCACACACCGCUGUUGUCACAGCCCCCCCAAAAUAACUGCAAGCAGUUGCCUUGACCCAAGUCAGUCACAAUGGUCGUUUCCUGUCUGCUGCACAUCCUUCAAACGAACACCCCGCAGUCCUGAGCCAUCCUUCUUCCUCUGCUCUUUUUGUACAGAUGCAACUUUGUCCUAAACUCUGAGAUUCUCGCAUUCAGGUACGAUGGCAGUUGACCCAGCCCCUGCGUCUGCGUCGAAAAUGGAUUCGUCGCCAAACCGAAAACUGGGUAUUACUGUCAGCCCGGAUGAAGCAUCAUCGCUACCAGCCACCAACGGAUCUGCCAGUGUCGAAGCAGGACCUGACGACCAGCACAUCAACAAUGAUGCCGUUGGUCAUGCGCUAACAGCUGAGCGGUCCUGUGGCAUUUCAGCAAAAACAAGGAAGAGAGAUUCCGCUGAGCCCUGUGGACAACCCGGGCCUAAGAGAGUCAAGUCGCCAACCUCAACCCAAAAUGGCAGCAUCGAGCCUCUUCCUCAAGAUCCCAAUGAGCCUGUUCAACCCGUGGCCAGCUUCAACAAAGAGACCUGGCAGGGCUUUUGCGAAAUCGAAUCAGAGCCGGCCUACUUCUCUGCAAUCCUCCGAGAUAUGGGCGUACAAGGCAUCAAUGUCCGAGAGGUUGUCGCCAUGCAACCAUGGUUUCUCGAAACGAUUCCAAGACCUACCUAUGGCCUGAUUUUACUCUACAGAUACCGUGAUCAUGGCUCUUCUGAUCAACCGACAGAGAGUUCUAACCACGUGUGGUUUGCUAACCAGCUUCCUGCUCAGAAUAGCUGUGCGACAUUGGCUAUGAUUAACAUCCUCAUGAACAACACCGAUAUUGAGAUUGGCGAUCACCUGCAGCAGUUCAAAGACUUUACCAAGGACUUCACGCCUUAUCAGCGAGGCGAGGCACUCGCCUGUUUUGACUUCAUCAAGAAGAUCCACAACUCGUUUGCAAAGAAGAUGGACAUACUAGAGGCAGACAAGCACCUCUCAUACAAAGCCAAAAAAGCCCAGCGUCUUUUGAACGACAAAAAGGCUCGACGCGAGUCCACAGAUUCCGCAGCUACCGAUGAAAGCGCCGAGGGCUACGAGGACAAUGCACAUCACUUCAUUGCAUAUGUCCCGGUAGGCCACGAAAUCUGGAUGCUCGAUGGUCUCAACGCCCGACCAAUGAGUGUAGGCACAUUUGAUACCUCCCGAGGGGAGGACUGGCUGUCAACUGCGGCAGACUCCAUACUCGCCAUCCUUGCUGGAGGUGGGGACGAUUACACCGGCUUCGCCAUCAUACAGUCCCCAUUACUGUCUCUUCGCAAACAGGCUUGCCUUGCGAUCAACUGCAUCAAAUGUACAGAGUUACGUCUUGACGAAAUCUCACCCGACUGGAGAUCCUUCACUAUCAACGACUCAUCACCACCACACCCGCAAAUGCUCGGUAUCGAAGACCAACUGUCUGCUCACCCGGUACCAGAUACGCUCGCGGCCACCAUCGCAGGCGAAGAAAUGCGCGACCUCCUCAAACGGCGGACAAUAAUGCUUAAGGAUCUAGACCAUCUCGCUACAAAUAUCGUAUCGGAGAUGCAGAACGAAGCCGAAGAGGCUCAGAAGGCGGCCCAGGGACGAUUUGAUUGUGGUCCUGUUAUUAAACUGUGGGCAGAAAUGCUGGCUGGCAAUGGCUAUCUCGAGCAGAAUCUCGAUAGGUUCAUUGGGUCUAAAGGGCGGGACAAGAAGGCUAAGAAGUGAAGACAUGUCACGAGCAUAUCAGAGGU